AUGGGUGGUAUAACAAAAAUAUUUGAAACAUUGACCGCCGGAAAUCGAUUACAAUUCUCAGUUAUGACUCUGGAUCCGUCGGUUCGUUAUACUUUCUGGAGUAUCCUGUUCGGUAAGACGUUCUUUGAUACGGCCUUAUGCGCAUGUUUACAAACUCAUGCACAAAGAUAUAUGUGUGUCAAAGAUAUAAAAGCGGCACAACGGGCUGCUUGGAUUUAUUAUGUGAUGACUGUAAUGAUAAUAAUUCUUUGUACAUGUGUUGGAUGUCUUCUCUAUGCAAAGUAUAGUCAAUGCGAUCCACUUCGAGCUAAACUCAUUUCGAAACCGGAUCAAUUCUAUCCGUUGUUUGUUAUUCAAAUAUUAGGACAAUUUCCUGGCUUAACUGGUCUCUUCAUAGUUUCUGUUUUGAGUGCAUCCUUAAGUACAAUUUCAAGUGGAGUUAAUAGUAUGGCAGCAGUUAUCCUCGAAGAUAUCUAUAAACGGCUGCCAAUCACACGUCCAAUAUCGAAUAAAAGUCAAGCGACAGUGUCGAAACUCUUGUCGGUCGGGAUCGGUCUCCUCACUAUAUUUCUCGCAUUCAUCGUGUCUUAUAUGAAGAAUAACAUCAUAACAAUUGUUUUACAAAUCUUCGACGCCUUUGCAACUCCGAUUCUUGAUGUUUAUUUACUCGGAUUUUUUGCACCACGCGUUCAAAGUCGAAGUGUUCUCAUUGCCUUUCUUCUCUGUCUGAUAUUCCAAAUGUGGGUACUAGUUGGGGCUACUGUCACUGUAAAACCACAUCUAAGACAAAGAGGACGAUUGCCGACGUCAAUUGUCGGAUGUAUACCAUCCGUAAAUAUGAGUGUUUCGACAUCAAUAAACGAACGGCCUAAUCCAUUGACAUCACUCUUCUCAAUAUCUCCAUUGUGGUAUAGUUUUAAUGGUGUCUUCAUCACUUUUAUUCUUGGUCUGAUAUUCGCCUCAAUUUUUGAGUCGAAAGAUUCACGACCCGUAGAUAGAUCAUUGUUGAUAUCUCCAAGUGAGAUAUUUCCAUUUUGUUCAUCAAAACCAGUGAGUAUCAUCAUAACCUACUUAGUUUGA